AUAGCACAAGAAUAGCAAAAAAAAAGCAAAGCAGGUUCUGGGUUCACUUGCUGCCAGAAGUAAUAUUUACACUAAAUAACAAGUGCAGCUAUUUUUUAUUUUUGGGUCUCAUUUAAACAAAAGCUUUUGCAAAGAAAAGAAUGGCAGCAAUCAGCUCACAUUCUUCUUCUUCCUCCUUAUAUCCCAGUUUUCAAUCAUCACCUUUCUCUUCCAAGUCUGCCCAGGACCUCAAUUUAUCAUUCUUCACUACCAGAACCAAUGGGUCAUUAAAGGGCAGAUUAUCUUCACAGAAAGUUUCAAGGUCCAGCCUAAGAGUCUCAAGUGCAGCAACAAAACCUGCAAAGUCACCAGCUGAAGAAGAGUGGAAGGUUAAGAGAGAGACUCUUCUCCAGAAAAAGGUAAGGAGUGUAGACGUAAAGGAAGCUCUGCGCCUUCAGCAAGAGAAUAACUUUGUGAUCCUUGAUGUCCGCCCAGAAGCAGAAUUCAAAGAGGCUCAUCCACCUGGUGCUAUAAAUGUGCAAAUAUAUAGGCUUAUAAAAGAGUGGACAGCGUGGGACAUUGCUAGGCGAGCUGCAUUUGCAUUUUUUGGCAUCUUUUCAGGCACAGAAGAAAAUCCUGAGUUUCUACAGAUUGUGGAUUCAAAGAUAGAUAAAAAUGCAAAGAUAAUAGUGGCUUGCUCAUCUGGGGGAACAAUGAAGCCAUCCCAAAAUCUCCCUGAAGGUCAACAGUCAAGAUCACUGAUAGCAGCCUACCUGUUAGUCCUCAAUGGUUACACAAAUGUCUUCUACUUAGAAGGAGGUCUUUAUACAUGGUUCAAAGAGGGGCUGCCAUCAGUUUCUGAAGAGUGAAUCAUCAUCAGUAAAGCUUAAGUUUUAUCCCCAGUGAGGAUGAUCGUGCGCCUUUUAUCAUGACUGACUACUUUUGUCAAUAGAAUUUAGACAUUCUUUAUAUCAAGACUGAACAUUAAUCCUAUUUAUAGGCUUGCAUCUCAACAUAGAUCUGCCAAUUUUACUAAAAAACGUUCAUACAA